CCGCACAGGCCGGGGCAGGAGAGGGGCUGGAGCCAGCCAAGGCAGAGCUGAGGCAAGAUGACAGCCAUGCAGAAACACAGCCUCUUCUCGCCAGAACCUCACUAUAUCCCUGGCUACGCGGGCUUCUAUCCGCAGCUGCGCUACCAGGUGGGGAAUACCUACGGGCGCACCACGGCACGGCUGCUCACGGACCCCAGUGUGCGAAAGAGCCCCUGCUCCGUGCUGUCCCCCACAGCCAAGCCCAAGUUCAUCGAGGACUUCGGCAAGUCCAAGCCGCCUUGGAUGCCCUGCCGUGAACUGACCGAGCCCUAUGUCCCCGACUACACCGGUCUGAAGCUCUACAAGAACUUUGAGAUCCUGGGCCGGUUCUCACCCCAUGAAGUGGAUGCCCAGGGGUCACUGGGGGUAGAAAAUGUAUCCAGGCAAGUCCCACUGCCUGCAGGCAUCAUGCCUUACCCGCCCUACCUGCCAUGCCCGCCGGGCAGGAAGGGGGACUCCAGAGACUUUGGACACCCAGGCCUGCGGCUAGCACUGGAGGAAGAGGGCUGGAAGAGCACCACUCCUGCCCAAGAGGCGCCCGGGCAGUACCAGCUCUACCACUGCAGGAGGGACGAGUAUCCACCCCCAGCCCACCAGGAGGAGACACUGGACGUGGGCAGGUUCCACAGGCUGCCCCAGCUGGACCACCCCAAUCUGAUCCAACGCAAGGCCAUAUCAGGAUAUGCUGGCUUUGUCCCGCGGCUUGCCUGGGUGACGGGGAUGAAUUACCGUGAUGGAGUCACACAGGCUAUGGACGAAUUCGACAAGAACCAGUUCCUGUUCAGAAAUCCCAUCUGCACUCUGGGGGAGAGGCUGCCCAGAAUGCACUGGCCCAGCACCACCGUCUACAGCAGCCAGGGCCUGAUACCUUUCUACAUGGGGUUCAUUCCAUCCAUGCAGGACAACUACGCGCUGACAUUUGGCAACAGCACCCGCAGGGCCUAUCAGAAGGAGCUGGAGAGGCGACGCCAGACACUAUGAAAACGCUUUAAUGGUGGUGUCUGUACAGCAUGUGAUGUCAAGACAGGAAGAACAAAUACACACACAAGGAGACAAGGCUAUCAGAGAACAGGUUGUGAGUGAAUAAAGAGUUCACACGGCUUCCACGCUUUACCGGCUAC